GGGACAAUGGCAACCGAUGUUCGGGGGGCUUAAAAAGCAUACGCAUGCUGUUUAACACCAGCCAGCCUGCCUGAAGAGAUCGAGCAAGCAACAGGAUAGGUCUCCACCAUGCUGUACACUCUGGCAGGAGGAGGCACGCUCUGUGGUGUGGCUGCACUUGUGCUCCUCAUCGUCUCCACUGCGACCGACUUCUGGAUGCAGUAUCGUUACUCGGGCAGCUCGGCCAAUCAGGGGCUUUGGAGGUUUUGCAUCAACCACAAAUGUCAUGCUCACACCAUAACUGUAGCCUUCUGGGACGCAACUCGGGCCUUCAUGUUGUUGGCUGUGCUCAGCUGUUUUGCUGGUGUGGUGCUUGGCUUGAGCGCUUUCACCAACGGAACCAAGAACAAGAGAGUCCGCAUGGGGGGCAUCGCAUUGGUCCUCUCAGGUUUUCUUGCGCUGUUGGCUCUCUCUAUCUACACAGGAGUGACGGUGACGUUCUUUGGCAAACGCUUUGUGGACUGGCGAUUCUCUUGGUCCUACAUCAUCGGCUGGGUGGCCGUCAUCCUGGCUUUUGCUGCAGGUGUGUUUCAACUGUGUGCUUACCAGCGAACCACUGCAGAACCUUCUCCUUCAAACGUCCCUGACAGCUGAACAUCAAUCAGCACACUGCUGCAAAGCCAAUGCUGUUUAUCGGUAACUAGAAUAAAGACAAAUCAUACAUA